GGUAAACAAUUGUAGAGAACAACCACAUAAUACAGCAGGUCGUUUUUGUCUUGUUCAAUUAAAACAGCGCAUUUAAUAGGCGGUUUAAGUUGAUUUCUUCUGUCCAUUUUGACGAAACUAUCCACGACUUCAACUAUGGUAACAAAUUCAGGACAAAGUAUUCCAAAGCUCGUCUCUGUCGAUGAAUCGCGUCGUUUCAUGAUCGACUGUCUCAUUGCUUCGAAAUCGUCACCGUCUCAUGCUCAACAAAUGGCUGAUAUGCUGGUUGAGGCUGAUUAUCGCGGUCACUACAGUCAUGGCAUGAAUCGCGUGGAAAUGUAUGUAACUGAACUAAAAGAAGGUGUAGCAGACGGUCUUGCGACUCCGAAAAUUCUGAAAGAAACUCCGGCCACUGCAUGGGUUGACGGAGAGAAUGGACUCGGUGCUGUGGUUGGAAAUUUUUGCAUGGAUUUGGCAAUAGAGAAAGCUAAAAAUGUUGGUGUUGGUUGGGUAUGUGCAAAGAGAUCGAAUCACUAUGGAAUAGCUGGAUGGUAUACCAUACGUGCAAUGAAUCAAGGCUUUAUGGGAAUUUCAAUGACCAAUACGUCUCCCAUUAUGACACCUACACGCAGCAAGGAGUCGGCUCUUGGAACCAAUCCAAUUAGCUUCGCCGCCCCAGCAAACAAUGGUGAUAGUUUUGUAUUGGACAUGGCAACAACAGCCGUUGCAGUUGGUAAAAUUGAAAUAAAAAAGAGGAAGAACGAACCGUGUCCCAUUGGCUGGGCACAAGACCAGGAAGGUAAUCCCACGACAGAUCCACAUGUUGCUUUCGAUGCUGGUUGUUUGAUGCCUCUAGGAGGCGCCGAAAAUACGUCUGGCUAUAAGGGUUACGGUUUGGCUGGUAUGGUGGAAACUAUGUGUGGUAUAUCUGCAGGAUCAAACUUUUCAACGAAAAUUCGGAAGUGGCCACUUUCAGGAAAUAUUUCUGAAGCAAAUCUUGGUCAGGUUUUCAUUGCCAUCGAUCCCAACUGCUUUGCACCGGGGUUCACUGAUCGAAUGACUGAAAUGAACGAUAUUUGUAGGAAUAUGUCCAGGAUUGACUCAGAGGUUCCGGUUUUGGUUGCUGGCGAUCCAGAACGCAUUCAUAUGGAAAAGGUCGAUAAGGAAGGUGGCUUAGUAUACACGGAAAAUCAACUGCAAACAUGUGAUAGUUUAGCCGAAAGGCUGAGUAUUCAACCACUUCGAUUCGUUUGAAUAGAACCAGUACCCCUGGCACAAUUUCUAAGUUUACAGAUUCUAUUUUAAAGUGAAUAUGAGCUUUUCUCGCCAAAUUAAAGGUGUCACACUCAUUCUGAAAUCA